AAGGCCAAAAAUGCCAAAAAGGCGGCGUUGCAGGGCGUACAUGGUCACCGUGCACGUAAAGUACGCUACUCUGUGACGUUCCACCGACCAAAGACUUUGCGUCUUCCGCGGAAACCCAAAUACCUACGCAAGAGUGUCCCGCAUGUACCGCGUAUGGAUGCGCACCGGACGGUUGUAUCGCCGUUGAACACCGAGUCGGCGAUGAAGAAGAUUGAGGAGCAUAACACGUUGGUGUUCCUUGUGGAUAUUAAGGCGAACAAGCGACAGAUCAAGUCUGCUGUGAAGGAGCUGUGGGAGGUACAGGCUGCAUCUGUCAACACACUCAUCCGACCUGAUGGGAAAAAGAAAGCGUACGUACGACUGACGGCGGACCAUGAUGCACUUGAUGUUGCGAACAAGGUGAGUUGA